UCGGAUAGUUUUGUUGAAAUGGCAAAUAACAAAAAAGAAAGAAUUGGAAGACCUAUUCUUGCUUGCCUCAUAGCAGCAUUGGGGCCGGUGUGCUUCGGGUAUUGUUUAGGCUACUCAUCAGCCGCGCUUGUGGAUCUAAAAAGCGCCAAGGCGAAUUCUGCAAUACGCUUAUCCGAUUCACAAGGAUCCUGGUUUUCUGUGAGUAUUUUUUGUUGUUAGUGUUUUUCAACUACGCACUUUUUUUGUUCUUACAAUCUUAGGAGUAUAAUUUUUGGAAUACCAGUACAGCCUAUGGAUAAUGUUAAUUUUCGAACACAAGAAAAAACCGCAACUGGGGUACUCCAAUAUGCGAAAUAGGCGAGAUGCUCGUAGCCUUGUUAAGAGUUGUGGACUUAAAUUGCUCAGGAAAAACGCCAAUAUUUUCACCUGUAUGGGUUUUCGUUUGUCGAUGUGCGAACGAGAAAAAGAAAACAUUUAAGAACCGGGGGUACUCCCUACAAUGGCCUAUACGGCCAAGGAGGAGGGGUACCUUCAUAUGAAAUGGUAGGGAAAUCUGUCAUUUCGCUAAGUCAAAAGGAGCAGAAGGGAUGGAUUUUUAGACUGUGAAAAAGCCGUGAAAAACGUUCUAGUUUUGUGAUUUAAGAAGUUAAAAGGGAUGCAAAGUUAGCGAAUGUGAAAGGGGAACCAUUUGGUCAAAAGAAGGUACACGACAGGGGUACCUUUUCGCACAAAAAUGGUAUAUAAAAGGGUAAGAGGUUGGACCUCGGGGCGGAGCAACCCCGUAAAAACUAUGAUGAGUACUCCCCUGGAUAAAAAUUUUAAAAAAGAGGUAAACAGAACAUAGACGUUUCUAUGGCAAUCAAUCUGUCUGUUUGUCUGUCGGUCGUAUCUUUUAGGGGUCAAAUAAGGCAUGAGAUAUGCUCGAAUUGGUUUCAUUUAGCGACGAGCAUCCCUCCCGUCUCAGAUAUGGGAUCCAUCCCCGCCUCCCCCGGUUCCAAAAAAAACUCAAUCUUUUUCUAACAUUGUCUCGACCAGCAAAUCCAUAAGCAAAAUCCACCAGCCCCUACCGACAAGGCAAAAUUUGUCUAGUUUCUCCUAACAAGUAUUUAAUAUCGACGGUAGGGUUGCUGAGCCUUGCAUCACUAUGUUUUCAGUCUCUGAGCAGGUGAAAGUGAUGACCCUAGAAAUAACCUCUCUCCGUCCCACUGCACUCCGUCGGUUGCAGAAUUUGCCGCACAGCUUUCACAUGCUGGUCUGUCCUACAUCCAUGCACUACCUUACAUGAUUUUAUUAGCUUCAAAACAUCCCCUUAUUCUAGUAGAAAGAAAUUUUCGAAAACUACACUCAGAUCUUUAUCUUUUUUAAUAAAAGGUACUGCGCCGUCGUUGAGCUAUAUCACAUGACGUUUCUCUAAUUCUUUUUUGCUUUAAAUCUAAAUUUUGCAAAAUCAUUCUGCCUUAGCUACUAAGUCAUCUUAAACUACUUUACUUAUACGUUUUAAUUUCCCCUCAUGAAGGUCAUGUGAAAAUUUCGUCUUGCUCAUGUGUUUAUGACAUGUUAUUUAUGGCAAGACAAAGGGCAAAUUCCUCAUAUGACAUAUAUUGUGAAAACAAAACAUACAAGCUUAAGAAGUCCAUCCCCUUCUGUAACACUUUACUCAGUGAAAUGAAAUUUCCCGAAAUGUAUCAAAGCUGCGAUAAAAACGAAAACAAUAUAUCUGUACUAGUCUUUCGAAGAUGCAUUCCAUUUUUAAGGCGUUCUGGAGUCAAAAUUAAAUGAGAAUUUUUCAGUUCAAAUUCCGAAACAAGUCCUUUUGUUUACAUUUACGUUCUGGUAUUAUAGCGUUAUUAGACAUGCUUAUUUGCAGCCUGUUGGCCAGGCGUUCAGACUUUGCGCUGCGCAUAGCGAACAAGCUGGCUUAUUUGCAAAGGAAAUGUAUUUUGAGAAAACUUACUAAAAAAAAGUACCUCGUUUUGGUCGAAAAUCAUCGCAGCCGCUUUCGUCUCGUCACGUAACGCACCUCCCCCAAAAGGGAGGAGCGUUGCGUGACGAGACAAGAACGGCAGCCAGGGAGACUAGCGUUUAUCGCGUCAUCAAAGGAACGUUUUCUAUUGCUAGAAAAUACAUCAGUUCACACGUGCGUACCUGAAAUAAUUCUGAAAAUGAAAAAUAGUAAUCAUAAAUAGAAAAAGCAAAGCAGAAGAACAGAAGAUACAUAUGUGGUUGCUUAAAAACGGUGCAUCUACUUUGUAACUAGCCAAACAAUUAACUGUCAUGUAGAACACCUACAUUUCCGUUUUGAGGUAUUUUUUAAUACAAACAGCACUCCUCAAUUGUUAAUUGGCGGUUUCAGUACUGUCCAUUGUCCGUCUUGGAGAUGCGUCCGUCUUAUGGAGAGUAUAGAUAUAGUAAAAUGAUUGAAAAACGACAGGGACAAACACCAGGUUUUCGUCUUUUUAAUAGAGGUGUCCGUUAAGAAAGUUUACCGUAUAAAUUUUUAACAUUCACAUUCAGAUGAAGUUCACUUAUCGUCCACACAAUAGGCACAGAGUGCCAACCUAACAACCUUGUUGCCAAUCUCAUUUUCUUUGCAGUCCCUAGUUACAGUUGGUGCAAUAUUUGGAGGUCCUGUAGGGGGGUGGUCAAUUGACCAAUUUGGUCGCAAGGGGACCAUACUACUCUGCGCAGUCCCCUUUGAGCUUGGAUGGCUUCUUAUUGGCUUGGCAAAGAAUCGCGCCAUGUUGUACGCUGGUCGCAUUAUCACAGGCUUGGCGCUAGGAGUGAUCUCACUUGCCGUUCCGGUAAGAUACUAGGGAGCUUUAGCAUCGACGACGGCGAGGGCAGCGAAAAAGUCACUUUUAAAAUGAAUUCGCGUUUUUUCAAACUGCAUCACGCUUAUUCCAGUUCACUGAAAAUGUCAACUUAAAUGUAGGCGAAUUUCCGUGAAGUUGAUUUCUUAGGGACUACACUCAAGUUUUGAAACAGAAAGAAAAAUUCGUUUUCGCUUGUUUACGUCCUCCGUAAAACGUGAAAUUAGGCAUUUUCAAGCCGUAGUCGUGCAGUGACGGAAAAGAAAUGUACAAAAAAGCGUGCUGCACGUGCAAAGUUGUUGUUUUGCUAAUCAAACCUAUAUCUUUUGUGGAGUUCUCGCUGCCGUCGCCGUCAUCGUUGCUAAAGCUCCUACUUACUGUACGAAGCGGGUAAUAUCCUACGUUCGAUAUAUUAAAAUUCUGACAUGACUCCGAGCCUUUCUGGUCAUUUUUUGUAUAUUUGGUUUUGUUUUCUUUGUGCUCAAGACUCUUCUGGGAAUUGCGAGAAAAUGGAAUCGUGAAAAGUUUGCAAUUUUGUCCCUGAAGCCUUGGAGUCAUGAUAGAAUUUUAAUAUAUCGAACGUGGGCUAUUAAAAGAAGGGCUGAAAAAAAUUGUGAGAUGGGUAAGGGGCUAGCAUAUUUUUAACUCUAAAAAAAGUCCUAGACUCACAUACCUUCGUACCUUACCGGAAUUUAGACUGCUAAACAGUCCGUAUGUAUCAUAAAGACUUUUGUUCUUGGGCCAUCGUAGCUUAAUAAAAAAAAUACAACACAAACAGAGGUGACAUGAAACAUUGGUCAAAGCCACUGGACAUAACAUGAAGUGGGAUCGUUUUGACAUUUUAGCGUCGGGCAAAUCCGAUUCAAUGAAAAGCUGAUACAUUCUUAGCUGUUGCUUUAAAUAAUAUUACUGUUAACAAUUUUGAAUUCGAGUCUUAAUCUCAUUUCCAGACCCCUCGUCAAUAAGGUGUAAAUAGUCUCGUCAUAAUCUGUAACGGUCACUUUAGAUCACUUUUGAAAAUGUAUGCUAACCAGAAUAUUAAACGUCAGGUUCAUAUAAAAAUGCAGAAGUUAACAACUGUUAACUGUGUUUUAUUUUCUAUUCAACACUCCGUAUUUUUGCGUGGGUGAAAAACGUACAAAAGGUGUGGAGCGAAGGUGAAAACACAGACAGAGUGAGACUAGCAAGAGAGUAAACCGACUGUUUCGCAGUCUACUAGUAAUUAUUAAAACUGCGUAUUCUUCUGGGGGCAAAAAAUUAACGAAUAACCAUACUAACUUCCUUCUUAAUUCGUAGGUGUAUAUUGCCGAGAUUUCGCCCCCACGACUCCGUGGGAUGCUUGGUUCUGUAAACCAAUUAGCAGUAACAAUGGGAAUUUUAUUGGCCACCGUUUUCGGUGUCUUUUGUAAUUGGAAGUGGCUUGCUCUCGCUGGUGGCCUGUUUCCAGCUCUGCUUGUGAUCUUUAUGGUUAAAAUGCCAGAGACUCCACGUUGGUGUUUCGGGAAGAACCAACGAAGUGAAGCUGUAAGAUAUAUCCAUUGGCUACGAGGUUCUGACGUCGACAUCGAGGAGGAAUGCAAGGCCAUUGAGUCUAGUCUGGGUAAGAAUUAUACUUUUUGUCACUGAGCAACUGGCUAAUCCCCAACCCUGUCUCGGUCUCCUAUUAAUCACUGUUGACGAGAAAAGCGCGGUAACCUUUCCAUCGUCCAAUUUACCGAUUUGCCGUAUUAGUCUCCCGCGGCCGCUCUGUGACCGAUUACAAAUAACAAGAGACGACUAAGGACGAGUCAGACUUUGCAAAUGGUUUCGUAGACUCCCACGCGUAGGUUUUUUAGCGCGUCACGCGUUGCGCUGAUCAUCAUCUGCUGAAAAACCUAAAGAGCGUUUACGCGGGACGCUAACGGUUUCCGCUCUUUCAUUCGCAGCCGGUGGAUCCAGAAAAUUCAGAAAGAGGGGACACUUGCUAUUGAAUAUGGAUACUAUUCAUUUCACUGGGAAUUCUUUAAAAGUAAUAGUGGAAAUAGGUGUAUCGCAGAACUUCGCGAAGUUCGGGGGGAAGGCCCAUAAAAUCUCAGGAAUGGAUGGGGAAGAGAAUUGGAGUUACGCACCCUUUCGAUCCCACCUUUAAAAGAAAAACCUAAAAAAAAGAAAAAAAUUACCUAAAUUUGUUUCCUCUUAUUUGCAGAAUCUUACGAGAAACCUUCAAUUCGUGAAUGGUUAUCGCCUUAUUUAGCAAAGCCCCUAAUCAUCAGCAUUGGAUUAAUGUUCUUCCAACAGUUCUGUGGAAUCAACGCAGUUCUUUUCAAUGCUGCAAGUAUCUUUGCGGUGGCAGGUUUUAAAGACGGUAAACUCGUUAGUAUUUCAGUUGGCUUGGUCCAGUUCGUCGGCACCGCUUUAGCGUGCUUGAUCAUGGACAGGGCGGGAAGGCGAAUCCUUUUAUUAGUAAUGGCAGUAGGUAUGGUAAUCACUCUCGCGGGUCUUGGUUUAUACUUCGAAAUCUACAUACCGCCGCAUGGAGAUAAAGCGUCUUCAGUCGCGCUGGGGUCUAUAAGUCAUUCUGUAGAAGCAUCCAAGAUCAGCUGGCUGUCCAUUUUGUGUAUAAUUAUAUUCUUCCUCUGUUUUUCCUUGGCUUGGGGUCCAGUUCCAUGGCUCGUCACCUCCGAAAUUUUCCCCCUUCGAGCACGUGGUCCCGCCUGCAGCGUUGCAGCCAUAGCCAACUGGCUCUUUGCUUUUAUUGUAACUUACUUCUUCGAAAACAUGCAGGAAUCUCUCACAAUUCAAGGAACUUACUGGUUUUUCGGCGGAUGCUCAUUUCUAGCCUUUGUUUUUGUUUAUCUUCUUAUGCCGGAAACAAAAGGGAAGUCGUUGGAGGAGAUAGAAGCUUUGUUUGGCAUAGACAAGAGUUCCUACGACGUGAUUGAUUAG